CCUUCAAAUACGUCAGAGGUUUUGGCAGCCCGUGGGUGAACUAUUUUCUUCAUUGUUGACCUUUCCUAAAUCUUAGGUGUAAUUAUUUCAUCAUUAGAAGUAUUCUGGCUGUACCGUUGACAUAUAACAAAUAAUUAUUCGAUUCCCAAGAUGGACUCUGAAGAUGACACAAAAGACGAUGUCGAUUCUGGUAAUGAGUCCAGCGGAGACGAUGUCGACUUUGUCAUGGACGAGACUCACAGUACAAGGGAACGACAAACGGAACUCGAAGAAUAUCCGUACGAGGUGUUAUCUACAGAGGAAAUCGUUCAACAUAUGGUAGAUUGCAUAAAAGAAGUGAAUACAGUAGUUGAGAUACCAGCCACCACAACCCGCAUCCUCCUAAAUCAUUUCAAAUGGGACAAAGAGAAGCUAAUGGAACGAUUCUAUGAUGGCGAUCAGGAUCAAUUAUUCGCUGAGGCUAGAGUUAUUAAUCCAUUUAGAAAACCUGUAAUACAACGACCAAAGUUGCCCAGACGGAUAUCGACAUCGGGAUCUGAAGAAUGUGAAAUAUGUUUCUCAAUUUUACCAACGGCUAUUAUGACCGGUCUGGAAUGUGGUCACAGAUUCUGUACACAGUGCUGGUGUGAAUAUUUAACUACUAAAAUAAUGGAAGAAGGCUUGGGUCAGACGAUAGCGUGUGCGGCACACGCGUGCGACAUUCUCGUGGAUGACGCGACUGUGAUGCGUCUCGUCAGAGAUCCGAGGGUCAAACUCAAGUACCAGCACAUCAUCACCAACAGUUUCGUAGAGUGUAACCGCCUCCUCCGCUGGUGUCCAUCCCCUGACUGCAGCAAUGCCAUCAAAGUGGCCUAUGUUGAGGCAGCGGCAGUAACCUGCCGAUGUGGUCACACGUUCUGUUUCGCCUGCGGUGAGAACUGGCACGAUCCCGUCAGGUGCUGUCUGCUGAGGAAGUGGAUAAAGAAAUGCGACGACGAUUCGGAAACAUCGAACUGGAUAGCGGCCAAUACUAAGGAGUGUCCCAAAUGUAACGUGACCAUAGAGAAGGACGGCGGCUGUAACCACAUGGUGUGUAAGAAUCAGAACUGUAAGGCCGACUUCUGCUGGGUGUGCCUCGGACCCUGGGAGCCUCACGGCAGCAGCUGGUACAACUGCAACCGGUAUGACGUGGACGAGGCCAAAGCGGCCCGCGACUCCCAGGAGCGCUCGCGUGCAGCGCUGCAGCGCUAUUUGUUCUACUGCAACCGCUAUAUGAACCACAUGCAAUCGCUGCGCUUCGAGUCCAAAUUGUACGCAUCCGUGAAGGAAAAGAUGGAAGAGAUGCAACAGCAUAACAUGAGCUGGAUUGAGGUGCAAUUCUUAAAGCGAGCUGUGGACAUCCUCUGCCAGUGCCGUCAGACCCUCAUGUACACUUAUGUGUUCGCGUACUACUUGAGGAAGAACAAUCAGUCUGUCAUCUUCGAGGAUAACCAACGCGACCUGGAAUCGGCCACCGAGACUCUAUCGGAAUACCUGGAAAGAGACAUCACUAGCGAGAAUUUGGCUGACAUCAAGCAGAAAGUGCAGGAUAAGUACAGAUAUUGUGACAGCCGGCGGAAGGUACUCCUGGAGCACGUCCACGAGGGUUACGAGAAGGAUUGCUGGGACUACACAGAGUAAACCCAUCCUUGUCUAACACACAUAUAAAAGAUAUAUCUGUCUCUCUCGCACCAACACGUCACGCCAAUAGAACAUCUGUACAUAAUAUCCGACUAACGGAAUAUAGAAUUUUGAUUUUCAUUUAAAAUAUUCAUCGAGUGUAACAGUAUUUUAACUUGUUUGAAGUACACGUCUGUAGUAGAUAAAGAUCUCAUAAACAUGUAAUAUUUCUAGUAUACAGUUAUUGUAUAACGUUUUGGUAAUUAUAGUCAAAUGUUAGAUGUCUGCUCCUGAUUGACAAUUUCAUGAUUAAAUACGACGGUCAUAGGUUUUGUAUAAUUUGUUUAGAGUCAAUAAAAAGUUUUGGCUUUGUUGCUGUUGGCUGGAGUCUGCUUAUUUUGUAAAAAAAAAAAAAAAUUCGUUAUUUGGUGCCUAAUACAUAUUACACUUUUAUCGGUGUUUUUGAGAUUAAAUGUAAUUUAAUAUAUUAGUAUUUCGGUGGUAAGAUUUCAAACGGCAUGGAACGGUCAAUCUGAGUUAGUUUCUUAUAUCUUAAUAACAUUUUAGCUGUGUGUCGAAUCUUUAGUUGUAUUUAAUUUGCUUUAUAAUUCAUGACAUUGUACGAAUAUAACUGGACAUUGAGCUAUCGUUGUGAAUGGUUAAAAAAAAAAAUAACUGUUCCUUACUUUCAAAUUAGAUAAAGUUAAAUAGAAUAUUGAAAUUAUUUUAAUUACAAAGUUUGGAUCUCCUUUAAAUGUGUUAAAAAAUAAUAAAAAAAAUAAACAUAAUAUAAGAUUUGUACAAUACAUAUAUCAGACCCUGACAUCGGUUGCAUCCUGAAGUGUUAGUGUUGUCAAUAUUAAUUUGUUAUUAGUGAAAUCUGUCAUAGUGACCCAAGUCCUCUAAUAUUGAGUCUGCUUGAUUGUUUUUAUAAUACAGUCUUUCAAAUCAAAUAGUGGCACAAUAUCUGUUAAGAGAAAAGAAUAUUUUUUACCAAAAAAAAAAAAACGUAUUUUUGUUAUUAGAAUACUGUCUUAACAUAAGCUAGUUGAUGAUAUAGUGUUUUUUAUUCUGUGAUCAUCGUCUUUGUCGCCUCUAAGGCCCGAGUAAAAUAAUUUCUUUCCGUCUAACAUCACUCGCAAUUUAUAUUUCGUAACGACAACUAAACGUGAUUGUUUUAUAUAUAUAUAUAUGUAUUUUUGUUUAGUAAAGGAAGAUAGCAUUAUUUAUGUGAAUGCUGUACGCUUGUUUAUUAUAGCACUACAUAUCUGCCUUGGAGUUUUGAGUACGAUCCGGUCAGUAUCGUGCGAGGCUUGCGCGUCCACAUAGUGGGCGCUGUGUCGGCUGUACCCGUCCUCUGUUACACCGUUCAGUUUCCUAUAUACGUUGCGAACGGAGGAUAUACAGACAUGCGUUGUACAUAUAGAUGCUGUAUAAAUAUUUAUAAUGACAGUCAUCUUGUAUUUGUGUCAUAAUGAGGACACGUUUGUCUUAAUUAAGACGGAAAUAAAAAUAGUAACAUCAA